CAACCCACUCACAACCAACUCUCUCACAAACAAACAAAUCUUUUUGGCAGACUCGUAGCUGCUCCUAAUUCACAUACAAUCAUGUCUGUCAACACACAACACCCAGCUGCCAUGCGCGUUGGAGGUCGUCGUCUCUCUCUACCCUCAUCACAUAUAAGGCCACAUGUACCUACAAGCCCUGUAGACGAAGCUCCUCGCCGUGCCGCCUCCCCAGACGAUUACCCUCGUCCCUCUGCACCCUCGUCUUUCAACCAAGAGCAUAUGGACCUAGAGAGCGAAGUCGAAGAAGACGAGGCCGAAGCUCCUCCACAACACCAUGUACCUCACCACGAUGAGGAACCGCCAAGGAGGGAGAAGAAGCGCGAGGCGCACGGGAUGCAUGACAGCGAGAGGAAGCUACGGGAGAAUGCGCAAAGGAAAAUGGAGGAGAACAGGCCGAGCAAGGAGGCAUGGAACGCGAGCGGACAUGGAGCCGGACAGAGGAUCGCCCAGCCAGCUGGGAAGGGUUUCCUCGCUUGAGCUUGUUCAUGAGACGGCGCUCCAUACACGAGGCUACGAAGAGUAGCGGAGCGAUGGUGUAAGAAUAGCAUGAAGGCUGUGGACCUCUGUGGACAUCAAAUAUGUAUAUUCAUCUCUGUGGGGUGUACGAUACUUACAUGUACCUGUAUGUUGGCGGUUUCCCGAUAUUCUUUAUAUUCUGUAUCAAUAGCAAGUUCAUAACUGAUAGCAGGUCAUUGUGAC